UCCGCCCACUAGGCGGCCCAGCCCCUGCUGGAGGAGGCUGCAAGGGCGGCGGCUAACCUCAUUGCUUCUCGGCCAGCCGUCGCUGCAGGCUCCUUUCUCCUUCCAGCCGCUCAGAUCCGCCUCGACAGGUGCCCAAGAACAGAGCCAAGAUGCCCUCUCAGCUGGAACACGCCAUGGAAACGGUGCUUUUUACUUUUCACAAAUUUUCUGGUGAAAAGAACUAUCUAACAAAGGAAGACCUUCGGCAGCUGAUGGAGAGGGAAGUCCCAGGAUAUAUGGAAAACCAGAAAGACCCAAUGGCCAUUGACCGGAUCAUGAAGAGCAUCGAGGAAUGCCGGGAUGGGAGGAUCACCUUUGAAGGGUUCCUCUCCCUGUUUGCUGGCCUGACCAACGGCUGCAAUGAGUAUUAUGUGAAGAAAAUGAAGCCGUGUGGGAAGAAAUACUGAGAAGACGGGCGGCAGCUUUCCAUCCUCCAAAGCACUGAAUCCACGCAGUAUGGCGGAUAGCCCCCAGAGAACUUCCUUAUCCCUCCAAAGCUAACCCACGGCUACUUGAAAGCGCCUCUUGUGCAUCAAAUGUAACUGCAGUUGGGUGUGGGAGAAUCUCAACCCCCCCAUCCCCCCCCUCCAAAAUAUU